AUGGAGGUCCCACAAGUACAAGUCAUGAUGAGUGCAAACGUAAAAAGAAUGGAAGCACGCGGUAGUCCCCGCAUUCCAUGGAGGAAGAUGCCCAUAUCUUCAUUUGGAAAUUCCCAUGAUUAAGCUAAUGGGUCCAACUUAACAUAAGCAUGACUUUUGUAUGAGAAAACAACUCCAUCUCCACCUCACCAUUAAUUUACUUUCCUCUUUUCAUUCUACCGUUGAAAAUCCCUCUCUCUCUCCAUUCUCCUUCUUCAUCAUCAUCAUCUUCUUGAAUUCAAUGAAACCGCUCCAGCAAUGGAGUCCAGUACCAACAAUCUCUGGUUCUUCACCUUCUUGCUUCUCUUCUUGAAAUCAUCGUCUCUGGUUCACAGUUCAAACAGCAGCACUCAAUCGCUGGAUGUUCUGCUUCACGAUCACGCCUUCAAGGCCUUGGAUCAUCGCCGGCCUCGUACCGGAGCUCUAUACGACGCUUCCCUUCCGGCGAGCCUGGCCGGGAUGAAGCUCUCAGUGGUGCGCCUGAGAAGCCGGACGCUAUGGAGAAAAGGAGCCAACUUUAGCCAUUUUCAUAUUCCGCCCAACACUCUUCCCGUCCCAUACGUUCAUAGGCUCAUCAUCGUCUACCAUGAUCUUGGCAACUGGUCUUCUGUCUACUUCAACGUCUCGGGCUACUCUAUGAUGACUCCCGUGGUCGGUUUCAUGGCUUAUGAUUCUGAUUCCAUCUUCAGAAACCUUAGCCGACUCGAAUUCAACACGACAGGAGAGCCAAUAUCGAUCCAGUUCAAGGAUUUAAACACGGGAAUCCAGAAAAGAACAGAAUGUGCCAUGUUUAAUGUUAGAGGAGAAGUUUCUUUGAGCAGUACAGACGCUCUAAACAUUUGCUACGCAAGAGGUCCGGGACAUUUCUCCAUUGUGGUGCCGUACAAGAAGAGGAGGAGGAUGAAAGAAUGGUCUUUUUGGAUGAUCGGAUUCGGGUUGGGAAUUGUGGGGUUGGUCGUGGCCGGACUAGUUGGAAAAUUCUGCAUUGAAAUUGUAAGAGGUAAGAGAAUGUGGGAAAUGGAGAAAGAAGCAGAUGAAGGUGAAUCCAUGGAUACCAUUUGGAUUGAUGAGAGCAGAAUGCCUCGUGCAACUACCACUCGAACUUAUCCAGUAUUAGAGAAUCCAACUUUUUGAUACUGUUUUUUUUUUUCCACAUUUUUGUGCAGCCUAAAUACAUACAACCAUGUUUCAUAUUCA